AUUUAGGCAUUUUGAUAUGGGUUGAAGAGUUGACUCACUAGCUUACGCAGAUGCAACAAACUCAGCUUUAUAAUUGUUGAGAAGCUAUAUAAUGAUCUAAUUGAAAUAAUGCGUUUCCCUUCAGGUCGUCCCCCGGUAAUAAAUAUUACAAACGGCACUUUUUACCGCCAUCAUCCAGGGGCGAGCUCCAUACAUCCGAAUCCGGCCCUGUUUAGAAAUUUGAAUUUCACACUCCCGUCUGCUACGGAGCCACCGACGCAUUGGUAUGUAGUUGGUCCGUCCCUCAGUGGAAAAACAACCUUCCUGGAACUCCUUAAAGGAAGUCACCUCUGCUUCCCUCCAACUGCACGGAGCUAUCCUUAUCUAUCUACGGAAGCAGUACCUCACCGGUUGAGAGUGCCGCAUAAGGCUAUUCGGUAUGUAGGCUUCAAUAAUGACGGCUUCAAUUCUAGCGUCACAACCUCGGCCUACCUGUCCGCUCGUUAUGAGUCCAAACGCGAAAAUACCGAUUUCUCCCUUAGGGACUUCCUACUGGGUAACACCGAGCUUAACCCGUUAAAACCAUCGUCCGAAGAUGAGCUAGACCCGGCCUUACUGGACCGAGUGGUAAGAGACUUGAAGCUUUCUCCGCUGCUAGAUCUUCCCGUUACGUUUCUGAGCAACGGUCAAGGAAGAAGAGCUCGAAUUGCCAGGGCUCUUCUCACCGCACCAGAAGUGCUGUUACUCGACGAGCCGUUUAUGGGCCUGGACCCGCCUACAGUAGCCGGGUUAAGUCCGCUUUUGCACGGGUUGUCGAGUAAGGCUAGCCCAAGGUUGGUAUUAAGUGCCAGACCGCAAGACCCAAUUCCCGAUUGGAUCACCCACCUGAUUUAUUUAAGAGGUGACUGCCAGGUAGGAGCAAUAGGCGAGAAGGAUGCUGUGUUAGAAGAAUUGAGGGGCUACGUUCGGAGUAUAUGGAACGGAUCUUCGAAAGAGGACGAAAAUCUACCGGUUCACGGUCUUGUGCAUACGGGUAGAACACUAACUGCCAAAGGAAUCCAAGGCGAACCGCUAAUGGGUGAAGAUGCCUCGAAAGGUGAUAAAUCAUCAAUUGUUCGAGAUACUGGCGUACCAAGGAAUAUUGGAGAGCCUCUUGUGGAGAUGGAUGGGUGUAAGGUGCAGUAUCGGGGUAAAGUCGCACUUGGAAAUUGGAAGCAGCAAAUAGACGGUGAAGAACGGGAAGGCCUUAUAUGGACUGUCCGAAGAGGAGAACGGUGGGGUGUAUUUGGACCCAACGGUUCGGGCAAAACAACAAUUGUUUCCCUCAUCUGCUCUGAUCAUCCUCAAACUUAUUCACUUCCCAUAAAGCUCUUCGGUAAAAGCAGACUGCCAGAGCCCGGAUCCGGUGAACUGCCUCUAACUUUCUGGGAUAUACAAUCACGAAUUGGACACUCAAGCCCUGAGAUCCACCAACACAUGCCCCGGAAUCUCACGGUUAAACAAGUAGUUGAAAAUGCGUGGGCAGACACGUUUCGCUCAAAAGCUAAGCUCGACAGCCAAUCCGCAGAAAAGGUCAAGGCUUGCUUACGAUGGUUUGAGGCUGAGUUGAACCCAGCUUUUGUAAGACACUCAAAGCUUACGUCCGAUGGUGCGCAGGAGGCCACCGAUUUGCAAUGGGCAGACCACUACAUGUUUGGAGAAUUGUCUUUCUCGGCGCAGCGAGUCGCCCUCUUCCUACGAGCCAUUAUUAAGAACCCAGACAUUGUCGUCUUAGACGAGGCGUGCAGUGGUAUGGACGACGGCGUCCGGAAUCGCUGUCUACUCUUCCUCGAGCAUGGAGAGGAAAAGACCUAUUCGAAACGCGAAGACGGCUCCGAGAUUGUGGUCCAAAGCGAGGCAUCGAAGUCGGGCACUGUUAAAUUCGGAGGUCUAAACAAUAACCAAGCUCUAAUAUGCAUUAGUCAUAUUAGAGAAGAGAUCCCGGACUGCACCAGGGAGUGGAUAUGUCUGCCUGAAGCCAAUUCAGAACAACCUGCCAGAUUCGGUAUAUCCGAGGCACCUCUUGGGAGCGACGAAAACAGCUGGAAACAGAUAUGGGGCAUGUGAGGGAGUGGUCUAAAGCACUACUACAAAAUAUUUACUUGACUCGAACCAUAUCGUCUUUGGUUUUACUCAUGAUCAUCUUAUGAGCAGCCCGACAAGAUCUUACCUAAAAUAGCCAAUAUUUUGUAAGUCCGGCUUGGAUGGAUUAUGUCUGCCAAUAUAGUAUAGGCGAAUUACGUGUCUACUUGGGUUGUAGAGGUAUAGUGGUGGAUAUUCGUGCGAGGAAUAAAUUCGCCGAAAUCCGGAUUUAAGGAGAAUCUGGAAAGGCCUGUUAAAAAUACAUAAGCUGCAAAGCUGCAAAGCUGCAAGGUACGAGCGGUACGUCUGUACGUCAAGAUUAAGCGCUGCGCUAUCGAAGAUUCAGGUUACCGUUUGACGUGGGGAAUUGGGGCGCAGGCUGAUUCGUUGCUGGGCAACGCACAAACGAUGGCGCAUCCCCAAAAAACAAAGGUCUUGUUAAGGCUGCCUUCGAGGGCCUUUACGAGCUACAUAGCUCCCCACCGUGGAUCAACUCGAACUUACACCUUGUGACACCUUGAAACUCAAUUCGCGAUACCUAUUUUAAAGAUUGGACAUUUUGUGUACUUUGUUGACGUUUAUACUUUUUCAAUUAGUGAUACCCUCUACGCCAAUCCAACGAAACGAAUUCGCUAUCUAUCCAAAU